CUUCUCUUUCCCUCUUUUCUCUACUUCUUUUUCCUCUCUCCAUCGCGCGUCCCUCUUCUUCUCCUCAUCCCUAUCUCUUAUCCUUCUUCCCCUCUUCUCCCGUAAUCUCCUCUCUUUUUCUGAUCCUCCCCUGCAUAAAAGUCAUUUACAUCCCCUUAUCUUCAUCUUUCAAAAUGGCCACCACAAACGAAUUCCCCGCUAGCGAUGUCAACAGCUACGACUAUGUCAUCGUCGGAGGUGGCACAGCUGGCUGUGUCAUCGCCAGUCGUCUGGCUGAAUACCUGCCCAACAAGCGCAUCCUCAUCAUCGAGGGUGGCCCCAGCGACUUCAUGGAUGAUCGCGUGCUCAAGCUGAAGGAAUGGCUCAACCUGCUUGGCGGCGAGUUGGACUACGACUACCCAACCGUUGAACAGCCCAUGGGUAACAGCCACAUCCGUCACUCCCGCGCGAAGGUUCUGGGUGGUUGCUCUAGCCACAACACCCUGAUCUCUUUCCGUCCCUUCGAAUACGACUGCAAGAGAUGGGAGCAGGCCGGCUGCACUGGCUGGUCUUUCGAGACCUUCACUCGCGUUCUGGACAACCUGCGCAACACCGUUCAGCCCGUCCACAACCGUCACCGCAACCAGCUGUGCAAGGACUGGGUUCAGGCUUGCUCAUCCGCCAUGAACAUCCCCGUUAUCGAAGACUUCAACAAGGAGAUUCGCUCCAAGGGUGAACUGACCGAGGGUGUCGGUUUCUUCUCCGUCUCUUACAACCCCGAUGACGGUCGUCGCAGCAGCGCCAGUGUCGCUUAUAUCCACCCCAUCCUUCGUGGCGAGGAGAAGCGUCCUAACCUGACUAUCCUCACCAAUGCCUGGGUUUCCCGCGUCAAUGUUGACGGUGACUCUGUGACCGGUGUUGAUGUGACCCUGCAGUCGGGCGCCAAGCACACCCUGCGCGCCAAGAAGGAGACCAUCCUGUGCGCUGGUGCCGUUGACACCCCCCGCCUGAUGAUGCUGUCUGGCCUGGGACCUCGCGAGCAGCUGUCUGGCCUGGGAAUCCCCGUCGUGAAGGAUAUCCCCGGUGUGGGUGAGAACCUCCUCGACCACCCCGAGAGUAUCAUCAUCUGGGAGCUCAACCGCCCCGUUCCCCCCAACCAGACCACCAUGGAUUCUGACGCUGGUAUCUUCCUGCGUCGUGAGCUUCCCAACGCCAAUGGCUUCGACGGCCGUGCUGCCGACAUCAUGAUGCACUGCUACCAGAUCCCCUUCUGCUUGAACACCGAGCGUCUGGGUUACGACACUCCGGUCGAUGCCUUCUGCAUGACCCCCAACAUCCCUCGUCCUCGCUCCCGCGGUCGUAUCUACCUGACCUCGGCCGACCCCAGCGUCAAGCCGGCCCUGGACUUCCGUUACUUCACUGACCCCGAGGGCUAUGAUGCCGCUACCAUCGUGGCUGGUCUCAAGGCGGCUCGUGAGGUUGCCAAACAGUCGCCCUUCAAGGAUUGGAUCAAGCGUGAGGUUGCCCCCGGCCCCAACGUGCAGACCGACGAGGAGCUCUCCGAGUAUGGUCGUCGUGUUGCCCACACCGUCUACCACCCCGCUGGUACUACCAAGAUGGGUAACUUGACUCGCGACCCCAUGGCCGUCGUCGACCCCAAGCUGAAGGUCCGUGGCCUGAAGAACGUUCGUAUCGCCGAUGCUGGUGUCUUCCCUGAGAUGCCCACUAUCAACCCCAUGUUGACUGUGUUGGCCAUUGGUGAGCGUGCUGCGGAGCUCAUCGCCGAAGAGGCUGGAUGGAAGCGUGAGCAGCCUCGUCUGUAAGCGCGUGGCCAUUUCACACAAACCACAAAAUCAAAAGGAAAAUAAAAAUAAAGUGCAAAGAGUUGAUUAUGGAACGGCGCAUGCAUGACCCAAGCGAUUGAGAUUUUUUCUUUGCAUGUGUAGUCUCCAAGUGAGGGCGUUAGCUUCGAUCGACAGAUGCAUGCAUAUGCGAUGGAGUCGGCUUGCCUUACAUGAUUUAUGAUUGAUGAUUUUAAAGCGAAGAAGAAUCGCCAGAUCAGGGGAAGGUUCAUGGAUAUACAGUUAUCUGUCCUUUGUUUGAAAUCCUGGCUUGUCUUUUUGGAUGUUUCGGUUGCUGUUGCAGUACCAUUAUCCUAUGUACAGUGUGAUCUGGGUUGUCAUUCGUCCCAAGUCACGAUCUGCUUGUAUUAUAUAGCGCUGGCAUGUUGCGCAGGAAGCACCAGACAUAUCGAAAUGAAUAG